AUGUACUGCCACCGAGCCGACUGCCCUGGCAUCUUUGACCUGCACCAAGAUGAGCCCCUGGCCAUGUACCUGCCUCAACGCCUCCUUUCACCCUUGGUGCUAUUGAUGGCACAUACAUGUAUACAAAUAUAUACAUACGUAUGUCGAAUAAAAGUCACAUUGCCCUCUGCUCACUUGCCUGUUACUUUGCCAGCUGCACAGUCCCUAAGCAAGGCCUGGGUCCCCAGCCACUGCAGAAGCCCCAUCGAAGCUGUAUGCAACUUUGUGUGUGACUGUGGAGACUGUUCAGACGAGGACCAGUGUGGUUUCCAAGGUGCCUCAACUACCCCAAGCACCCCCUUCACCUGCAGCUUUGAACAGGACCCCUGUGGCUGGCAGGACAUCAGCACCUCGGGCUACAGGUGGCUUCGAGACCGGGCAGGGGCAGUGCUGGGCAGUGCUGGGCCUCGUUCUGACCAUACACAUGGCACUGACUUGGGCUGGUACAUGACUGUGGGAACCCACCGUGGGAAAGAGGCAUCCACUGCCACUCUGCGCUCCCCUGUCAUGCGUGAGGCAGCCUCUACCUGUGAACUGAGGCUCUGGUACUACACAGCCUCUAGAGAUGUCGCCGAACUGCGCCUGGAGCUGACCCAUGGUGUAGAGACACUGACCCUAUGGCAGAGCUCAGGACCCUGGAGACCUGGCUGGCAGGAGCUGGCAGUGAACACUGGCCGUGUCCAGGGUGACUUCAAAGUGACCUUUUCUGCUACCCGAAAUGCCACACACAAGGGUGCGGUGGCCUUGGAUGAUAUGGAAUUCCGCGACUGUGGGCUUCCCAUCCCUCAGGCCAACUGCCCCCUGGGGCACCACCACUGCCAGAACAAGGCUUGUGUGCAGCCCCACCAGCUGUGUGACGGUGAAGACGACUGCGGGGACAGAUCUGAUGAAGACCCGCUCAUCUGUAGCCACCACAUGGUCACUGACUUUGAAACAGGCCUGGGACCAUGGAAACAAUUGGAGGGCUGGACCCGGAACCACAGUGCUAGCAGCACAGUGAGCCCUGCCUGGCCCCACCGAGAUCACAGCCGCAACAGUGCAUAUGGCUUCUUCCUGGUCUCUACGGCCAAACCUGGCACCACUGCUGUCAUCUUCAGCCCGGUGUUCCAAGCCUCAGUCCCUUACAACUGCUCGCUCACCUUCUAUUACUACCUGCAUGGGUCUGAGGCUAGCCACUUCCAGCUGUUCCUGCAGGCACAGGGCCUCAGUACCUCCCAGGCUCCCAUCCUGCUGCGGGGCCGCCACGGAGAGCUGGGAACAGCUUGGGUCAGAGACCGGGUCGACAUUUACAGUGCCCAUCCAUUCCAGAUCCUUCUAGCUGGGGAGACUGGUCCAGGAGGCAUCGUGGGCCUAGAUGACCUCAUCCUGUCCAACCACUGCAGACUUGUCCCAGACGUGUCUGCCCUGCGGUUGCCACUUUCUGGUCCUGAGGCUUUAGCCCUCUAUCCCCAGACAUCUGCUAAGCUGCCCCAGGGAACCUGUGAGCCAGGGCAUCUCUCCUGUGGUGACCUGUGUGUGCCCCCAGAACAUCUGUGUGAUUUCCAGCAGCACUGUGCAGAGGGCGAGGAUGAGCAGAAGUGUGGCACCACAGACUUUGAGUCCGCCUCUGCUGGAGGCUGGGAGGACAUCAGUGUAGGAAAGCUGCAGUGGCAACGAGUUGAAACACAAGGGAGCAGGAAGCCUGCCAGGGACCCCAACCAGGACACUCCUGGGCACUUCCUGUCUCUGCAGAAGGCCUGGGGGCAGCUCAGAUCUGAGGCUCGGGCUCUCACGCCUGCCCUGGGCCCCUCUGGUCCUCACUGUGAACUCCACAUGGCUUACCAUUUUCACAGUCAUCCCCAAGGUUUCUUGGCGCUGGUGGUGGUGGAGAGUGGCUUGCGGGAGCUGCUGUGGCAGGCCCCAAGCAGCAGCAGCGGGGGCUGGGCAGUAGAGAAGGUUCUUCUUGGGGCCCGGCGCCGGCCAUUCCAGCUGGAGUUUAUCAGCCUGGUGGACCUGGAUGGCCCUGGCCAGCACGGGGCUGGGGUGGAUAAUGUGACCAUGAGAGACUGCAACCCCAUGGUGACCACUGAGAGUGACCAAGAGCUCUCCUGUAACUUUGAGCGGGACUCAUGCAGCUGGCACACAGGCCACCUCACAGAUGCCCACUGGCACCGUGUCAAAAGCCAUGGCUCUGAGUAUGACCAUACCACUGGCCACGGCUUUUUCAUGUUCCUGAAUCCCACGGACCCACCUGCUCGAGGCCAAGGUGCCCUCUUGCUCACAAGACCCCAGAUGCCACUUGUCCCCAAGGAAUGUCUCAGCUUCUGGUACCACCUGUAUGGGCCCCAGAUUGGGACACUGCGCCUGGUCAUGAGGAAUGGAGAGGAAGAUACACUACUGUGGUCCCGGUCGGGCACCCAUGGCAACCGCUGGCACCAGGCUUGGGUCACUCUGAACCACCAGCCAGAGGCCAGCACCAAGUACCAGCUGCUGUUUGAAGGCCUCCGGGAUGGCUACCAUGGCACGAUGGCCCUGGAUGACAUGGCUGUGAGGCCUGGCUCCUGCUGGGCCUCCAAGAGCUGUUCCUUUGAAGACUCUGACUGUGGCUUCUCACCGGGGGGCUCGGGGCUGUGGAUGCGCCAGAGUAAUGACUCAGGCCUUGCUCCUUGGGGUCCGUGGACAGACCAUACUACAGAGACAGCACAUGGGCACUACAUGGUGGUGAGCACCAGCCCAGAUGUGCUGCCCAAAGGUCAAGUGGCUUCUCUGACUUCAGAGGAGCACCAGCCCCUGCCCCGGCCUGCCUGCCUGACCUUCUGGUACCACCUGAGCAUCCACAAUCCAGGCACCCUGCAGGUCCACGUGGAAGAGAGCACAAAGCGCCAGGAGCUCAGCAUCAGUGCUCAUGGUGGACAUGCCUGGCGCCUGGGCAGUGUGAAUGUGGAGGCUGAGCAGCCCUGGAGGGUAGUGUUUGAGGCCGUGGCUGCAGGUGUGGACCAUUCCUAUGUGGCUUUGGAUGACAUUUUCCUCCAAGAAGGACGCUGUGCUCAGCCAGGGUCCUGUGACUUUGAAUCUGGCCUGUGUGGGUGGAGCCAGCUUGUGUGGCCCAGCCUGGGUGGGUACAGCUGGGACUGGAGCAGUGGAGGAGCCCCAUCCCGCUACCCUAAGCCUACACUGGACCACACUCUAGGCACAGAGGCAGGCCACUUCGCUUUCUUUGAAACCAGCAUGCUUGGUCCUGGGGGCCACGCAGCCUGGUUGCGCAGUGAGCCACUGCCAGCAACCACAGCCUCAUGCCUCCGCUUCUGGUACUUCCUGGGCUUUCCUGAGCAUUUCUACAAGGGUAAGCUGAGAGUGCUCCUGAGCAGUGCCCAAGGCCAGCUAGCUGUGUGGGGCCAGGGCGGCCAUCAGCGGGGCCAGUGGCUACAAGUCCAGAUUGAAGUGUCCCACGCUGAGGAGUUCCAGAUUGUUUUUGAAGCCACUCUGGGUGGCCAGCCAGCUCUGGGGCCCAUUGCCCUUGAUGAUGUGGAGUACUUGGCAGGGCAACACUGCAAGCAGCCAGCACUCAGCCAGGGUGGGACGGGAGCGCCUGUGUCUGUGCCAGCUGCUGUUGGAGGGGCCCUCCUCUUUUUGGUGUUCCUGGUGCUCCUGGGCCUCGGGGGUCGGCACUGGCUGCAGAAGCAGCACUGCUCCUUCCAGAGUACAGAUGGAGCAACAGCCCCUGGCUUUGGCAAUAUCCUCUUCAAUGCGGAUCAAGUUACCCUUCCAGAUUCCAUCACCAGCAACCCAUAG